CAGUCAACUUCCUCUUAUGCUCUUGCUGAUUUCAAUCAUCUUCUCUCAACAUACUGAAGGUGUUUCUCCUCCAGUCUCUCUGAUCAUCAGUCCCAGCAGAACUCAACACUUCACAUCUGUCUCUCUCUCUCUGAGCUGUGAGGACCAGAGUAACUCUACUGGAUGGACCGUGAGAAGAUACACAGAUGGAUGGAGGUGGCUGGAAGAUUGUUCAUCAUCAUCAUCAUCAUUAGACUGGGGAUCACAAACAGGAUCUACAUGUACAAUCAGAUCCACCAUCACAGAGGACACAGCAGUGUACUGGUGUGAGUCUGAAUCUGGAGAGAAAAGUCAUCCUGUUAAUAUCACUGUACACCAGGGUGUGAUUCUGGAGAGUCCUGUUCAUCCUGUGACUGAAGGAGAUAAUCUGACUCUACGCUGUUUAUAUCAACAUUCAACCCCACCAAACCUCAGAGCUGAUUUCUAUAAAGAUGAAUCACUCAUCCAGAGUCAAACUACAGGGAUGAUCAUCUCUACUGUCUCAAAGUCACACGAGGGUUUCUACUCCUGCAAACACCCAGAGAGAGGAGAGUCACCCAAGAGCUGGAUCUCAGUCACAGCUUCCUCCAGAAGAUCAGGACCUGAUAGUUUCAGUCCUGUGAUAGUCGGAGUAUCUGCUGUUAUAUUUAUCAUCAUUGUCUUCUUGGUUCUGCUGUGGUGCUACAGAAACAACAAAGGUGGAAGAUCUCAGUCUCUCUCUAGAGUCAGUCAGACAUCAGAUCAGAACCAGAGUAAAGUGAGAAAUAAAACACUCAUGUCUGGUUCUGCUCAUGUUUAUGACUCUAUUGAUGCAACAAUUAAUAAAGACAUAAGAACAGACACUGUAAGUGGAGCUCCUGAAGUCACGUAUGCUGAGAUUGAACUCAAAUCUACAGAGAAACAGAAGAAAAACAAAGAAAACAAAGGGAGAACUAGUGAAAGUUCUGACACUGUUUACUCUAAACUGAAUCUGAAAACCCAUCAGGCAUAUGAUGUAUGCUCAGAUUAAUAAAUGUCUGGAGGAGAAACUUUUAAUCCCAGGAUGCUGAGUUUAGUCUGAGAAGGACUGGAGAAUGACCAGGAUCAUCAGUUCUUUAUCAUCUCUGUGAUGUUAAAUGCUUGAUCCCAAUAUAUUUAUUAGUAUUUAACAGCAGUAUUUUUUUUAGCUCAGGUGAAAUGGGAGAGAAAGAUUGUUUCUCUCAAAGUUUUUUUUUUUCAGUUUCUCUUCUAUUCUUCUUGGUCUUAAAUGGAUUUGUAACAAGGUUUUGUGGUUAUGAGUGGAAAUGUAAAAACAAAAUUUAAAUAUGUAUAAAGUGAAUGUUAAAUUUUCCAUUCAUUUUUCAACUGUAAAAUAUUUCAUGUCUAAUAAUACCUCUUGAGUCUAAUCUUUAGAUUUGAAAAGUUUGAUUCUGUUCAGGGUUAGUUAGUUUGGUCUCUGCUCUUUGUUGCUACUCCUCUGUACAAGAUUAUGUCUCUGUGGAUUAUUAAAAGAGUGUCUAUUGUUAACUAUCAUCUUCAUGCGUUCCUUCCUGUACCACACCAUGACAAAAAACUGGACCAUAGAAAGAAAGUGGUCAGUUAUACCCGCAUUUUAUUUUGCAUUAUUUUGCGU